AUGAGCGGCGCUCGGCCUCAUGGCCCCGUCAAGGAGCAGAUGGUGGACCAGCUGCCCAAGCGGUUCAAGGGCAUCAAGUUUGGCAUCCAGUCCAACCAGGACAUCGUCAACCAGGCUGUCCUCGAGGUCUCGGAUCAGAUGCUCUACGACAUUGAGAACAACCGCGCGCCUUACAAGCAUGGCCCUCUUGAUCCUCGACUGGGCACGUCGAGCAAGAUGGGCAAAUGCUCAACCUGCAUGCAGCCCUUGCAGCUCUGCACAGGCCAUUUCGGCCACAUCCGACUUCCCCUCCCCGUUUUUCACAUCGGAUAUUUGCGCUUUAUCCAGAUGAUCCUCCAGAAUAUUUGCAAGGACUGUGGCCACGUCUUGCUCGCGGAACCCGACCGGCGGUCGUUCCUCAAAGAGUUGCGUCGCCCAGGCAUCGACAACCUGCGCCGCACGGGCAUCUCUAAACGCAUCAAUGAAACGUGCCGCAAGACAAAGGUGUGCCACUACUGUGGUGCCACGAACGGCGUGAUUAAGAAACUCGGAACCCUCAAGCUGGCGCACGACCGCUUCUCUGCCUUCAACCGCUCGACCGCCAUGAAGAAGCAGGUGCCCCGCGGUAAGAUCGAGUUCGACCAGUCCUUUGCCUCGGCCAAGAAGUACGUCCCGGACCUCGAGAAGCACGUCCGCAAGGCCCUCGAGGAUCUCAACCCUUUGCGCGUCCUUAACCUCUUCAAAAAGGUCAGCCCCUCCGACUGUGAGCUGCUCGGCCUCGACCCGUCGGAGGGCCGCCCUGAGAUGUUCAUCUGGCAAUACCUGCCCGCCCCACCCAUCUGCAUUCGGCCCUCGGUCGCCCAGGACAACUCCAGCACCGAAGACGACCUGACGACCAAGCUCGCCGAGAUUGUGCAUCUGAGCGGUCUCAUUCGUGGUGCCUUAGCAAAGGGCACGCCUGUUGCGACCGUCAUGGAACUGUGGGAGUACCUGCAGAUGCAGGUCGCCCUGUAUGUGAACAGCGAAGUGCCGGGCCUGUCUCAGCCGGGCUUUGGCAAGACCAUUCGGGGUUUCUGCCAGCGCCUCAAGGGCAAGCAGGGUCGCUUCCGUGGCAACUUGUCCGGCAAGCGUGUGGAUUUCUCUGGCCGUACCGUCAUCUCGCCCGAUCCGAACCUGGGCAUUGACGAGGUGGCCGUGCCGAUUUUGGUCGCCAAGAAUUUGACGUACCCGGAGUUGGCCAACCAUGUCAACAUUGAGAAGCUGCGCCGACUCAUCCGCAACGGGCCGUCCGAGUGGCCUGGCGCCAUGGGCGUGCACAAAAAGGCCGACGGCGGCUACAAGAUCGAUCUCAAGUACGCCGACCGCGAACAGGUGGCCCGGGACUUGUCGUACGGAGAUAAGGUGGACCGCCAUCUGGAGGAUGGCGACAUUGUGCUCUUCAACCGGCAGCCGUCGCUGCACAAGCUCAGUAUCAUGUCCCAUCUUGUCAAGGUGCGCCAUUGGCGGACGUUCCGCCUCAACGAGUGCGUGUGUGGCCCGUACAACGCCGAUUUCGACGGUGACGAGAUGAACCUCCACGUCCCCCAGACCGAGGAGGCGCGCGCCGAGGCCAUCACCCUGAUGGGUGUCAAGCACAAUCUGACGACGCCCAAGAACGGAGAGCCCAUCAUUGCCGCCAACCAGGACUUUAUCACCGCCUCCUACCUGAUCAGCAGCAAGGACAUGUUCUUCACCCGCCAGGCCUUCACCUAUAUUUGCAUGCACAUGACCGUGGCCAACGUGCCUCUCGACAUCCCGCCGCCGGCGAUUCUUAAGCCUCAGGCGCUGUGGACGGGCAAGCAGGUCUUCAGCAUGCUGAUGCGCCCAAACAAGGAGUCGAAUGUGUUGGUCAACUUAGACGCCAAGUGCCGUGAGUAUAAACCACGUCCCGGCAUGUGCCCCGAUAUGUGUCCCAAUGACGGCUGGUUGGUGAUUCGCAACUCCGAGGUCAUGUGUGGUCGUAUGGACAAGUCUACUGUGGGAUCUGGCAAGAAGGACUCUAUUUUCUACGUCAUCCUCCGUGAUUUCGGCCCGGAUGCGGCCGUCGUCACGAUGAAUCGCCUGGCCAAGCUGUGCGCCCGUUUCCUCGGCAACUUUGGCUUCUCCAUUGGCGUGUUUGAUGUGUUCCCCACAGAAGAGCUCAAGUCCGAGAAGGAGGACCUGGUAACGGAAGCCAAUAAGCAAUGCGAUGCACUGAUUGAGACUUUCAAGGCCGGCAAGCUUGAAAAAGCGCCUGGCUGCACACCCGAGCAGACGCUCGAGAACGCCAUCUCGGGCAUUCUGAGCAAAGUCCGGCAGCAGGCCGGUGAGAAGUGCGAGGAGACGUUGAGUCACCACAACGCGCCCCUGACGAUGGCCAAGUCCGGCUCCAAGGGCUCGGCCAUCAACGUCGCCCAGAUGGUGGCCUGUGUCGGUCAGCAGAUCAUUGGUGGCGAGCGUGUGCCUGACGGUUUCCAGGACCGCAGUUUGCCGCAUUUCCAGAAGAACACGCGCCAGCCUGCGUCUAAAGGGUUCGUCAAAAACAGCUUCUACUCCGGCCUCGUGCCGACCGAGUUCCUCUUCCACGCCAUUUCCGGUCGUGAGGGCCUGGUCGACACCGCGGUCAAGACGGCCGAGACCGGUUACAUGUCGCGCCGCCUGAUGAAGUGCUUGGAGGAUCUGUCGACGCAGUACGACAACACCGUGCGCACGUCGUCCGGCGGUAUUGUCCAGUUCCAGUUUGGUGCAGACCGUCUGGACCCCGUGAACAUGGAGGGCUCGGCCGUGCCUGUGCAUUUCGACCGGACGUGGACGCACGCCGAAGCCGUGACGUUUAGCAAUGACGAACCGACCCUGUUGCCUGACGAGAUUAUGACCGUCUGUGAGGCGAUUCUGGACCGCGAGCGCCAGAAGAACACGCGCCACGACCUGGUCACCAACGAGGUGCUCGACUACAACGACCAGAGCGACCGCAACUUGGAUCUGCAGGAGGGGGCCCGCAUGUUCAUCGAGACUGUUGCCGACUACGUGCGUAAGCGGGCGGCAAAGCUUUCCAACGCGCGCGCUCUGGCUGGUCUUGUGGGCGGCAACAACGACAACGGCCUGGACGACACCAUCGACCCGGCGCAGCUGCAGCGGACCGAGCGCGUGGCCAAGGUUUCGCGGCGGACACUGGAGUACUUCCUGAAGCUCUGUAUCGACAAGUACCGCCUGGCGCACGUGGAGCCUGGCCACGCUGUCGGCGCCGUCGGUGCACAAUCGAUUGGUGAGCCUGGCACACAGAUGACGCUGAAGACGUUCCAUUUCGCUGGUGUUGCCGGCAUGAGUUUGACUCAGGGUGUGCCACGUAUUAAGGAAAUUAUCAACGCAUCCAAGAAGAUCAGCACGCCCGUUAUCAAGUGCCCGCUGCAAAACACGCGCCAGAUCGAGGCGGCGCGCAUCGUCAAGGGCCGCAUCGAGAAGACGUACAUUUCAGACGUCCUGCAGUACAUUGAGGACGAGUGGGGCACCUUUGCGGGCCGCGUGGUGCUCAAGAUUGACCGCCAGGCGCUCAUGGACAUGCAUCUGGAGAUUGGGCUGGGCGACAUUGCACAGGCCAUCUGCCGGCAGAAGAAGAUGAAGGUGGACGAGAAGACGAUUGAGCUCGACUACAGCCGUGACACCAUUACGCUGGUGGUGCCCAACGACUACGUCGACGUGGCUGCCGCGAAGCGCGCCGCCAAGAACCGCGCGACCGCCGCGGCGACGGGCAGCGGCCCCCUGCUCAAGGCGGCAGCCAGCACGACCGGCACCGAGGAAACGGCGGAUCUGCUGCUGCGCGUCAACUACCUGCGGCGGAUGCUGCCCACAGUGCCUAUUUCCGGCUACGCGGACGCGACGCGGGCCAUUAUCCAGACGUCGGAGCAAAACGAGAACACCGUGUUCGUCGAAGGCUACGGUCUGCGCGACUGCAUGAUUACAGAGGGUGUCAUUGGCACGCGCACCACGUCCAACAGCAUUCUCGAGUGCCGCGACGUGUUGGGCAUCGAGGCGGCCCGCACGUCGAUUGCUGUCGAGAUCAGCCGUGUGAUGGUCGACAUGUCCAUCGACCCGCGACACAUGGAGCUGUUGGCCGACGUGAUGACGUACAAGGGCGAGGUGCUGGGCAUUACGCGGUUCGGCAUGUCCAAGAUGCGCGACAGCGUGCUCCAUCUUGCGUCGUUUGAGAAGACGCCGGACCAUUUGUUCGAGGCAGCGGCGGGCAUGAAGACGGACCGCAUCGAGGGUGUCAGCGAGUGCAUCAUCAUGGGCCAGACCAUGACAAUCGGCACAGGCGCCUUUAGUAUGGUGCGGCGGCUGGGCAUUGCGCCACAGCAGCUGACUCCGCGCCAGACAUGCUUCGAGUCUGCCUGGCAGGCCAACCACGGCACUCUCCGCCGGCGUCCGGCAGCCAUCCAAGCUCCGAUUGCCGUAUAG